CUCUUUAAAUGCCCCGCCGGGCGGACACAGCAGAGAUCAUCAGACCGUCGGAGGCGACGGACGUCCUCGGCAUCCCGGACCAGCGAGCGUGAUGGACUGAUCCGCGUCAGUGUUUGGGGGAGAUGCUCAGAUUUGUUUGCCAUGGAAACGGACAUGAUACCGAAAUUCUCCUCAAAAGAUGAGGAAAUUGACUUCUGGAAGGCUCUGUCCCUCAAGUACAAGAAAGGCUGCCAGGAGGCUCAGGAGGAGCUGCUGGAGUUUCAGGAGGGGAGCAGGGAGCUGGAGGCUGAGCUGGAAGCACAGCUGGGCCAGGCCGAGCAUCGUGUGAAGGACCUGCACUCUGAGAACCAAAGACUCAAGAAUGAGGUUGAAACACUUAAGGAGAAGCUGGAGCAGCAGUACUCCCAGAGCUACAAGCAGAUCUCCACGCUGGAGGACGACCUCGGCCAAACACGCGGCAUCAAGGAGCAGCUCCACAAAUACGUCAGAGAGCUGGAACAGUCCAACGAUGACUUGGAGAGAGCCAAAAGAGCUACUAUCGUGUCUCUGGAGAACUUCGAGCAGCGUCUAAACCAGGCCAUCGAGAGGAAUGCCUUCCUGGAGAGCGAGCUGGAUGAGAAGGAGUCUCUUCUGGUCUCUGUGCAGAGAUUAAAGGAUGAAGCCAGAGACUUGCGGCAGGAGCUGGCCGUGCGAGAGAGGCAGGCAGAUGUAACCAGGAUGUCCGCUCCGAGCUCACCCACACAAGACAACGUGAAGAUGGACACCGCUGUGCAGGCCUCUCUCUCCCUCCCCGCUACCCCGCUGAGCAAAGGUCUGGACAACGCCUUUGCCAACCAGACAGUGCUAUCAAAUGGCUACGGCAGCAACUCGCCGUUGACGCCCUCUGCCAGAAUAUCGGCCCUCAACAUCGUCAGUGAUUUACUCCGCAAAGUAGGGGCUCUGGAGUCUAAACUUGCCGCUUGCAGGAACUUUGCCAAGGACCAGAAAGCCAGGAAGGCGUACGCUCUCGACAACAGCAACGUGCUCAACGCAAACACGGCCAACUUCUCGCAAUCACUCCAUACGUCAUAUUUUGACAAAGCCAGGACCGUGAAUGGACUGGAACCUGCUACCCUGACAGCCAUCACCGCCCCUCCCGCCGCCUCCUCCCCAGGCUUAGUCCCCCUCGCUGUGUGACGGAAACCUUCCUCCCUCACCCCCAGCCCAACACGCCUGCCCGGCGAGGGGAAAAUCGCAUCUAAGACGAGAAGAGUCCAGACAAAGAGGGAACAGAAAUGGCUAAUACUGUAAAACUCUGUUGUACCGUCACCCCGGGGUCCUCUCCUCGUCUUCUCACGCUCUGUCUCUGUCUGUUGUUCUCACACCUGUGCUUCGAUCUCGCUGUAAUUAUGGGACCCUGUCUGUAUAUUUUUAUGUGUUACUGUAUCUGCCGUUUGCUCCCUGGCUCGUACGAAGACGGUAAAGGCCAGUCUGUUGUUGACGCACGUAAAGACCCCUUGAGGUUUCCCCUGAUUCGUGAAAUGAGCGCUCCAGGUGAUCUGAAAAGGGAAAUGUUAUGUGGUUGAUGUGUUUUUCUUGGGUGGAAAAUUUUGACGACACGGUUUAUAAAUGAAAUUGAAGCGGCCUUUGUCCACAACUGUCACUAGCAAUAACUUCAGUCAAAGCAGUAGUUUAAGUGCGCGCGCAUCCGCUGCUGAAACCAUGAAUGGGAAAACAGGUGCAAUGGGAUGGCACGUGUGCAUAUGUCCCGGAUAAUCAUGUGCCAUUUGACCUAUGUCUCCAUCAAUUAUUGAUGUUUCACAAUGUCCAACACAUGAGCCGCAGAGCCGGAUGUUUUAAACAUAGGUACAGAUUCAAGUGAUUCUGGCUUCUACUGUUCUCUUGCCCCCCCCCGUGAUUUGGUUUCUGUCUUUCAAAAAAAAAAAAAAAAGGAGGGGAGUCUUUAUGUCAUUGUAGUGAGUCAAACACACCCUUAACUUCUGAACUAUGUGACAUGAUGAUGUGUACAGUAUUGGUCAUAUUGAUCGUUAUUUAUAGACGGCCAGUUAAGUGGUGCUGUCAUAGUGUUCAGACCAGUUAACCAGCAUCCUUGUAUUCUGUAGUCAAAGUGUUUUCUCCUGUUUAAAUCUGGCUUUUUUUUUUUCUUCCCUUUAUUUAUUACACAACCCAUUUUUCAGCACUGCACAGUACACGAUAAGUAAGCGAAGCACUUUGACCUCGUGUGAACUUUAAACGUCACUUUAGUUGUUUGCGUUCAAGUGCAAUAUUGCCUGUUUGUUACUGUUUGUGGAUUGGAUUUAUUUCAGACUUCUUUAAUGGCAUGUUUUAAUAAAAGACGUAAUUAUA